AGGGGGGAGGGUCAAAAUCAAAAGUAACAGUCAGUAUUUGGUGUGGCCACCAGCUGCAUUAAAUACUGCAGUGCAUCUCCUCCUCGUGGACUGCACCAGAUGUGCCAGUUAUUGCUGUGAGAUGUUAACCCACUCUUCCACCAAGGCACCUGCAAGUUCCUGGACAUUUCUGGGGGGAAUGGCCCUAGCGCUCACCCUCCGAUCCAACAGGUCCCAGACGUGCUCAAUGGGAUUGAGAUCCGGGCUCUUCGCUGGUCAUGGCAGAACACUGACAUUCCUGUCUUGCAGGAAAUCAUGCACAGAAUGAGCAGUAUGGCUGGUUGCAUUGUCAUUGCCGGAGGGUCAUGUCAGGAAAUGCCUGCAAGAAGAGUACCACAUGAGGGAAUAGAAUGUCUUCCCUGUAACGCACAGCAUUGGGAUUGCCUGCAAUGACAACAAGCUCAGUCCGAUGAUGCUGCAACACACCACGGCGGACCCUCCACCUCCAAAUUGAUCCCGCUCCAGAGUACAGGCCUCGGUGUAAAAUUAAUUCCUUCGACAAUAAACGCGAAUCCGCCCAUCAACCCUGGUGAGACAAAACCGCGACUCAUCAGUGAAGAGUACUUUUUGCCAGUUCUGUCUGGUCCAGCGACGGUGGGUUUGUGUGUGUGCCCAGGCGACAUUGUUUCCGGUGAUGUCUGGUGAGGACCUGCCUCUCUCAGCCUAUUGCGAACAUUCUGAGCACUGAUGGAGGGAUUGUGCAUUCCUGGUGUAACUCGGGGAGUUGUUGCCAUCCUGUACCUGUCCCGCAGGUGUGAUGUUCGGAUGUACCGAUCCUGUGCAGGUGUUGUUACACGUGGUCGGCCACUGCGAGGACGAUCAGCUGUCCGUCCUGUCUCCCUGGAGUGGCGUCUCACAGUACGGACAUUGCAAUUUAUUGUCCUAGCAAGGCCUCUUUAGUGUCUUAAGUUUUAAUAACUGCGACCUUAAUUGCCUACAGUCUGUAAGCUAUUAGUGUCUUAACAACCAUUCCACAGGUGCAUGUUCAUUUAAUUGUUUAUGGUUCAUUCAUUUUUUUCAUUUCUGGAUAGCCAGGGGCACACCCCAACACUCAGACAUCAUUUACAAAAGAUGCACUUGUGUUUAGUGAGUCCGCCAGAUCAGAGGCAAAAGGGAUGACGAUGUGUUGUCUUGAUAAGUGUGUGAAUUGGACAAUUUUCCUGUCCUGCUAAGUACUUUUGGGUGUCAGGUAAAAUGUAUGGAGUAAAAAUUACGUUAUUUUCUUUAGGAAUGUAGUGGAGUAAAAAUAUAAAUAGUAAAGUACAGAUACUUCAGUAAAACUACUUUAAAGUACUGCUUAAGUACUUUACACCACUGGAUUUCUGUUGGUUUGGUUGACAUUUCCUUUAGGGCCGUGACUCAUUUGACAAUUGUAAUCUCUUUCAGGAAGAAUUUGGUGAGUGUUUCUUUUACAAAUUGAUGUGCUUUCGUAAGUGUUGGCAGUCACACAGUGUCUCUUCUCAAAUGUAAAUUAGAAGUACAUAAAGCUGCCAUGCAUUACACAAGUCAAAUUUUUAGUGGUUCUUAGAUUACCCUGCUUGUAAAUUGGGGUUUUGUGCAAGAGAAUGGCAAAUGCAGGACUUUUAUUGCCAUAUUUGUUUAUGACGGCUACUUCUAUUCAUAUUUUGAAAAGUAGAAAAAUGUAAAAACUGAAUCACUUAAAAUAAACGAGUAAUUAUAUAAAUUAAUAGGAAAUGUAGAAUAACCAUUGUAUUGGUAAUACACAUGUUGUUUUGUAAACUACUGGCUUGGGGUCAUUUACGUAUUUUUAUACAGGGUACAGACUGAAAAUAACAGCUCAGGCGUCACUUAACUCAACAGGAGGCUUCUCAUCCUGUGUACUGUAGGUUGUUAUUCUGUCUGUUAUCGUUAAAAAAUGUAAAAUGGAAUAAUGUGCAAUGUAUUCCUUCUACCGGAGGCCAGAGUGGCGCUACGGAAUCCCAUUGGGUCUCACUGAGUGAACAGCGUCACAUGCGAUGUUAUUCUACCCAGAUUUUGUUGAUCAUUAACCUCAUUCCUGACUGUCAUAUAAUUUCGUAACUAGAGCACUAUUAUAGAGAUUAUUAUUUACAGCGGCGUAUGGGGCGAAAUAGCUGUUAAAUCUGCCAUUGGUUUCUGGAAAAAUCAGCAGUUUAUCCAUUUUGCAUAGUAUGUUUACAGUGGGCAAGAUGUCACUUAUCGCAAUGGCUCUUCCGGUGAUCACCGUCCUUCUCUCCGCCUGGCAGGUGGGUGCCAUUGAUGACUGCUUGUGGUACGUGGAUAAGAAUGGCACUUGGCACAACGGGGUCCCCUGUCCCCUCAUGACCUUCUGUUGUGGGAACUGCCACAAGCGCUACUGUUGCUUGGACGGCCUCAAGAGGAUCACUGAGAGGGAGCAGAAGCGCUGCAUGCUCUUCCAGUUCAGCCCUACCACCAUCGCCAGCAUGGCUUCGUCCAUCCUGCUCUUCGUGGCUAUCAUUGCUACCAUGGUGAGCUGCUUCAUGUGCUCCUGCUGUUACCUCUACCAGCAGCGACAGCAGCGUGGCAGGACGCACUAUGAUGCCCAGCACAUCCCUAUGGCCACCUACCCCGUGGAGCCCAUGUAUGACGCUUACGGCAAGCCGCUGGUGAUGGGACAUCCUGAUUAUCCACACUCUGGUUACCCAAUGGCACCUCAGUAUCCUGGCAUGCCACAGCCGUACCCCAUGAUGCACCCCGGCCCGUAUCCCCCGUACCCCAUGGCAGACUCUGGCUACCCUCAGGGAGCACCCCCUCCUUACUCCCCACCCCAGUACACCCCCCACCCCAGUCACUGAUGGGAUGAUAACGUGUACAUGGUGGGAGAUGAGAAAGACAAAGAAAGGACUGCGUCAGAAAGAGAAGGCGACCACGAGACAACUCAGCUCUCCUAGUGGUUGUCCAGUGAAAGAUAACCAGAGGCACUUUCCUUUAUUUACUACAUCCUUCAAUGGAACAGAGCAUGUGUUGAGUUGGGUUUUCCUGUCAGUCCUGACACUGAACUUGAUUCCUCCUGACAGUCUGGAAAAUGUCACACCAAGUGAGGUAACCAUCCUGCAUCCAUGCACUCACUCUCACAUCCAUCCAUCACAAUUAGGGUAACCCAUUCUAUAAAGUCACACCCUACCAUUUGUUUGACAUUAAUUCUCUGUUUUAAGACGUUUGACUUGAGCAAUGGUCAACACCUAUUUUCACAUGUUGGCUUGGCUUUAAUCUGUUAGUGGACAGACAGAGGUCAUACCUGCCUGCAGAUAACACUGUGUGGGAGCUGAUGGUAGAUCCAUAUGUUGUAUAAAAGUCUGAAUGCUCAGAGUUGAUUGCUCCUCUCGCUAUAUCGGAUCCCUUUAGCCAGCUCUUACUGCAGGUUCAUAUUCUGUGGGGAUUUCACGCUUAGCUUGUCUUUCCAAAUAGAAUAUCAUUAACUCUAUUCAUAUGCGAGAGUCAGUUAUACAGGUUCUGCCACGUUCCAAUGUGUCAUCGUAAUCAGUUGUCAGAAAGUUUAUUUAUUAGUGGCAUCUGCGUAAAUGUUUUUCCUGUAAUAUAUCAGGUCAAUGUAUAUUUAAUAACUUAAAUAACAAAUCUGAGCCUUAUGUCAUCGUGAAGAUAAGCAAUUUCAAUACGUAUUUUGUCAAAUAUAUUUUAUGUUCGAAGGUUUACAUAUUAACAAAUAAUUAUCGUUUUAACAUACUAUCGCAACUUUGAAAAACAUUGUACCAUUAAAUGGUUUGAGCAUUUGUUUUACAGGUUAUAUUUCUAGUUAUUACAUUUCCCUCUGAGCCAUCGUUGUGCCCCUUGUCCUACUGUGCAGCUCUAACAUCACACAUGACGUGUAGGGAAUGUGUUGUACAGUACACUGAAUGACUCAUCCAGGUCAAAUGUGUUGGAUAAGGUGACAUUCUAUUUUACCAUCACUGAGAUUCUUGAUACAUUUUUCCAUUGAAAACACGAGUUGUUUGAAAGCACACUGAGAAUCUUGGCAUGAAAAAGGUGGAACAAUUAUGCAAAAUAUCUAGUGAUUCUCCCUAUUUAGCUACUGUUUAUGUGUCAAUGUAUAACAAUGACAUACUAUUAUUUAUAAACACUAUUGUAACUAUGUCACAAUUUGAAUUACUUGAUUACUUUGUUAUUUAUUGUCAACAUGUAAAGUAAUAUGCACAGCACA